GCUCUAGGACCCGGAUUUAAAGAGACAGGCGCUACAACCGUCGUGGCUGCGCGCGGCCUGCGGGCGGCGGGUCAGAGGCCUGCGGUGUGCGCCGGAGUCAGGAAAGCAGCUGUAUGACUUUGGCUUUCAAGAUCCUCUUCCCACCAACCCUCCGAGCACUCAGCCGAAAAGAACUGUGCCUAAUCCGAGAACAACAUCACUGGCCUGACAUCAGACAAUUCAGCCAUUGGUCGGAAACAGAUCUGCUUCAUGGGCGCUGCUUCCUCCAGAGAAGAAAGCCAUUUCUGUCAUUUCAGGAAGGCAGUCUAGGACCGCGUGCCACCUGCCUUGUUCACUUGCCAGGGUUGCAUGUGGGACUCUGCAGUGGCCCCUCUGAGAUGGCCGAGCAACGGUUCUGUGUGGACUAUGCCAAGCGUGGCACAGCUGGCUGCAAAAAAUGCAAGGAAAAGAUUGUGAAGGGGGUGUGCCGAAUCGGCAAAGUAGUGCCCAAUCCCUUCUCAGAUUCCGGGGGUGAUAUGAAAGAGUGGUACCACAUUAAAUGCAUGUUUGAGAAACUGGAGCGGGCCCGGGCCACCACGAAAAAAAUUGAGGACCUCACGGAGCUGGAAGGUUGGGAAGAACUGGAAGAUAAUGAGAAGGAACAGAUAAGCCAGCACAUUGCAGAUCUGUCUUCUAAGGCAGCAAGCACACCAAAGAAGAAAGCUGUUGUCCAGGCUAAGCUGACAGCCACUGGCCAGGUGACAUCUCCAGUGAAAGGUGCCUCAUUUGUCACCAGUACCAAUCCCCGGAAAUUUUCUGGCUUUUCAGCCAAGCCCAACAACUCUGGGGAAGCCCGCUCAAGCCCUACCCGUAAGACAAGUCUGUCCUCAAGCAAAUGUGACCCCAAGCACAAGGAUUGUCUGCUACGCGAGUUUCGGAAGUUGUGCGCCAUGGUGGCUGAAAAUCCUAGCUACAACACCAAGACCCAGAUCAUCCAGGACUUCCUUCAGAAAGGCUCAGCAGGAGAUGGUUUCCAUGGUGACGUGUACCUAACAGUGAAGCUGCUGCUGCCAGGUGUUAUUAAGAGUGUUUACAACUUGAAUGAUAAGCAGAUUGUGAAGCUUUUCAGCCGCAUUUUUAACUGCAACCCAGAUGAUAUGGCACGAGACCUAGAGCAGGGUGACGUGUCAGAGACAAUCAGAGUCUUCUUUGAGCAGAGCAAGUCUUUCCCCCCAGCUGCCAAGAGCCUCCUUACCAUCCAAGAGGUGGAUGAAUUCCUCCUGCGGCUCUCCAAGCUCACCAAGGAGGAUGAGCAGCAACAGGCCCUGCAGGACAUCGCCUCCAGGUGUACAGCCAAUGACCUUAAGUGCAUCAUCAGGUUGAUCAAACAUGAUCUGAAGAUGAACUCAGGUGCAAAACAUGUGUUAGAUGCUCUUGACCCUAAUGCCUAUGAAGCCUUCAAAGCUUCACGCAACCUGCAGGACGUGGUGGAGCGGGUCCUCCACAAUGAGCAGGAGGUGGAGAAGGAGCCCGGCCAGAGACGAGCUCUGAGUGUCCAGGCCUCACUGAUGACCCCGGUGCAGCCCAUGCUGGCCGAGGCCUGCAAGUCCAUUGAGUAUGCGAUGAAGAAGUGUCCUAACGGCAUGUUCUCUGAGAUCAAGUAUGAUGGGGAGCGAGUCCAGGUGCAUAAGAACGGGAACCACUUCAGCUAUUUCAGCCGCAGUCUCAAGCCCGUCCUGCCUCACAAGGUGGCCCACUUUAAGGACCACAUCCCCCAGGCUUUCCCUGGAGGCCACAGCAUGAUCUUGGACUCUGAGGUGCUCCUGAUUGACAACAAGACAGGCAAACCACUGCCCUUUGGGACUCUGGGAGUGCACAAGAAAGCUGCCUUCCAGGAUGCUAAUGUCUGCCUGUUUGUUUUUGAUUGUAUCUACUUCAAUGAUGUCAGCUUGAUGGACAGGCCUCUGUGUGAGCGGCGGAAGUUUCUUCAUGAUAACAUGGUUGAAAUUCCCAACCGGAUCAUGUUCUCAGAAAUGAAGCGAGUCAUGAAAGCUUCAGACUUGGCCGACAUGAUCAACCGGGUGAUCCGAGAGGGCUUGGAAGGGCUGGUGCUGAAGGACGUGAAGGGUACAUAUGAGCCUGGAAAGCGGCAUUGGCUGAAAGUGAAGAAAGACUAUUUGAACGAGGGGGCCAUGGCUGACACAGCUGACCUGGUGGUCCUUGGGGCCUUCUAUGGGCAAGGGAGCAAAGGUGGCAUGAUGUCCAUCUUCCUCAUGGGCUGCUAUGACCCAAGCAGCCAGAAGUGGUGCACAGUCACCAAGUGUUCAGGAGGCCAUGAUGACGCGACACUUGCCCGCCUGCAGAAGGAACUGGACAUGGUGAAGAUCAGCAAGGAUCCCAGCAAGAUACCCAGCUGGCUGAAAAUCAAUAAGAUCUACUAUCCUGACUUCAUCGUCCCAGACCCAAAGAAAGCUGCCGUGUGGGAGAUCACAGGGGCUGAAUUCUCCAAAUCCGAGGCUCACACUGCCGAUGGGAUCUCCAUCCGAUUCCCGCGCUGCACCCGAAUCCGUGAAGAUAAGGACUGGAAAUCUGCCACUAACCUCCCCCAACUCAAGGAACUGUACCAACUGUCCAAGGAGAGGGCUGACUUCACUGUAGUGGCUGGAGAUGAGGGGAGCUCCACUAUAGGGGGCAGCAAUGGAGAGAAUGAGGGCACCUCGGGGCCUGCUGUGUCUUGCAAGGCCCCCCGAGCGGCCCCUAAGCAGCCGUCCACCAGUGCCAAGAAGGCAGGAGGGAAGCUGAGUAGCCCCAACAGCAAAGGCGGCAGCAAGCUGACUGCAAAGCCAUCCCCUGUGAAAGUGGGAGAGAAGCUGGUUACAGAGUCUUCUCCCGUGAAAACGGGGGAGAAGCGGAAGGCUCCCGAUGAGACCCCAUGCCAAACAAAGAGGCGGCUGGCCAGUGAGCAGAGAGGAAGGAGAGCUGUGCCAGCAGGCAGGCGAUAGAACAGCCCAGCUAGCCUCUUGGCUAGCCAAGAGGCUGCAGGGACCCACCCGGCUGUUGGUCCCAAGUCACAAAUUACAUUAAAGGGGAGAAAGCCCGAUCUGGGUGUGGGAGUGCAGCAGUGUGAGUUUAUGCACAGGGCGGGGCAGGGCCAGCCAGCCAGGAUGGGGAGAGGGCACUGGCUUGGUGACUGUCCUCCCACCUAAGGAACGUUUUCCCUUUGUACUCCUUUGUCACUCUUUGGUUUGACAACAGCUAUCGAGCACUUACUGAGGCUAGUAACUGGGCUCAACCCUGGGGGGAGCUGAUGACCCAAAGGGCAGAUAGACAAACAUUUGAUCACUAUACCAUGUGACUGCACCACCCCACACCCCACCCCCAGCCAAGAGUAAGCCCAGAAGUCUGGCAACUCAAACCCUGAACCCAGUCCCCAGCAGACCUGUAGAACCCUACCCAUCUUUUCCCUAAAGCCCUUGAAUUCAUCCACAGUAAUGAGCAGGGCUCUUGGCUCCCCAAGUCUAGCUCCUUGUGCAGGUAGACUGCUUGAUCCAGCAACGUCACUGAAUCUGAGAGCCACUGGCCCUGCCUGCCAGCCACUGGAUGAUCCUUAGAGACACAUACUUUUCCCUUCUCCAGGUCCCUGAUGUCAGGACCCAUCUGUGCUCCCUCCUUUUCCUCUAGGCAGGGAUGGAGGGAUGUCAGUGCUGCGUAAUCUGGAGUGCUUGGAGGAAGAGGGUUUUGAUGCCUGUGCCUUUUCUCCAGUAAACUCUGCUUGUGUCCUGACCAUUAGGCUCUCUGUCUCCGGCUCUUGUUCUAACCUCCAUACCCUCUGGCCUGUGCUCAUCUGGGUGGAGACCCAUCUCCCCCAGCAC